AUGGCCCACUGGAGAGAGGAGUACUUGGCCGCUUUGGCGGCUCGCGACCACCGAGAGAAAGCCAAACUCGCUUUAUACAAUGCAUUUUCUAAUGCUAUCGUGCUAGAUACCCAACUUGCUGAUCGGACCGCCCAAACCGCAACCGCCGGGAACAAUGCCCCAGUAUCUGGCACGCCCGGGGCCCAGGGCUCUCAACCUUCCUCGCCUGCGCUAGAUCCCAGAAAACGCGCAUCAAGGUCCCCCGAAAACUCCCUCCAAGAAAUCCUGACCACGACUCGAGCCGAGCUGUCAGAGGCGCAACGAUCCCGCUCGGAGCUUCAAGACCAGCUGACCCGCACAACCGUCGAGCUAGAGAAACUGCGGAAGAAGAGCACUCAGAAUACGCGACGGAUUGGAAGUUUAGAGAACAAGGUCGCGCACCUCCAGCUGCGCCUGAAGGACCGUGAUGAGGAGCUUAGAGGCAAAGCGAAGUUGCUAGACGUAUGGUGCCAUCGCUUGCCGUGUUUGAUCAUCCUUGCGCACCGCUAA